AUGAUCGCUGCCCAAACCCGCGGGAUCACGACUAUUCCCUCCAUUUCCUUGAACACCACCCACCUCUAUCUUCCAUUGCAACGUUAUAUUCUCUCUCACUUGAUUACCCAGUCCUUGCACACCAUACUUCGCGGCACUCCCCCUCGCGCUUGCUCGCGCCAUCAUCUAUCACGCCAUCCUGCGACUUUGGCUCAGGAUAUCUCUUUGAGACCUCGGCACGGCUGGUAAGUCUUGCCUCUUCGCUCUCUACACGGACCAACGACCAUCUCCCAAUCUUCAAGUUUGGUAGAGUCCUCCGUAGCUUCCCUCUACCUUCGUGAUUCUGUCAUUUGGCCGAGACAGCUCACUUCUUAGACUUGAU